CGCAGGGUACCCUCGAUCUUCGACCUCAUCAGUUUCGUAAUUUCCUUAAAAUAUACACCUGCAAUUUGAAAGCUAGAGUGAUGUACAAUAAUUAUAUAAUAAUAAUACUUAACGUGAUUAAUAACCUGAUCACUAACUGGUUUUAAAAGCACUCUCGGUUUUGACAAGAUAUACUAAUACAUUACCCUCUAUUAAUCUAAUCUGUGUGUCCGAGCCCACAGAAGCCGCCCUCAUUGUUCGGUCGGCCAAGAAAGUCAAGUUUCGCUGAUAGACUUCGUCCAUCCAACUGGGCAGUGGAAGUCCUUCUUCAAUCUGUUGAAGGUUGGUAUUGGCGGUCGCUUAUUGCCAAAACAAUGCACCAGUUCCAGCGAACCAAAACAUUGCUAGCAGCUUGUCACAGGCCAACACAAGAGGAACUAGAGCCAGCCCAACGCUACAACUGGUUUAUGUGGUGACUCACCAUGGUACAAUUGGACCUAUGCUCACCUUUCCUACGAAUCCGUAUCAACCCAAUGAUACCAGCCUGUGGCCAUCCGGGUCAGGGGAACUUACUCAGAUUGGUCGCAUGCAUAUGUAUAAGCUGGGAGAAAAGGUCCGUUCCAUGUAUGAUGGAUUUCUGGACCAGACCUACCGUGCAGAGGACUUUAAGGCUAACAGUUUAGUCAACAGCCGCGCCCUGGAAUCUGCAGAACUAUUUCUGGCAGGACUUUAUCCGCCCAGAGGGUUUCAGGUGUGGAACAAAGAUCUGCUAUGGCAACCUAUAGCGGUCUUCCCUACUUUAUAUGAUCAUGAAGAUGUGCUGAAUGUCACGGGUGAAAACAUAUGUCCGAAAUUCAGAGACGCCCAAACGAGAUCAUUGCUGGAAGCUGACAAACUGUAUAAUUCCUCACUGACUAACCUUAUGAGGGACAUCAUUCCUAACACAGGCAUCGACGUUGAACAAUUUAAGGAGAAAUUUGGUGAUACAUAUAGAGAACAUAUUAUGAUGACUGUAUGGCAUGCUCUGAAAUUUAUAGCAGACAACGGACUGACUCUCCCUCAGUGGGCCAGGCAGGCUUACUCAGAGCCGCUUAUUUCAUUGAGGUCUAAGAUUGAAGCCGCAUACUUGUCGGGUUCUUUUGACCAGAUAAGGUUAUUGGAAGGUGAACUGUUCCGAGAGAUCGUAGACAUGUUCCGAUCCAAGGCUAACAACAGCCCAGAUGUAAGAAGGAUGUACUACUACUCAGGCCGAGACCAUACAAUACUGUCCCUACUGUUGAUGCUUGGUCAGCAGAAUGGUCGCUACGUGGACACUGGGUCUGCUUUGAUCUACGAGCUUCACCGCAAUCCAAGCACAGGGAACUUCUACGUCCAGGCACUAUACAUUGAUGGGUCUUCUCCAAACUUGGCGCCUGAAGAUAUCAACAUUCAGAGCUGUGGUCCUCCCUGUGACCUUUACGACCUGUUGAAUGUCACAGAGAAAUAUUACAACAUCACAAACUGGGACCAAGAAUGCAUUUUGGAACCUGCAAAAUGUUGUUGUACUAUGUAAUAGUCGUAAGAGUCGCGACUUUCUUAUUCAGUAGGAUAGACUGAGUCCUGGAUUAAAAUAGCAACUAUGUAACUAUAAGAUAUUUCAUAUUUAGGGCAAUGAUUUUAGAACAGUUUUGCUCAAGACGUAGCUGAAGAACACUUGCACGCCAAUAUUUGUAUUUGUAGCCUUUCACUGAAAUAACAAUAAAUAGCACUUCAUUAUUGAAA